AUUCAGGUCUGGCGGUUAAUUAGUAACCAGCAGGCCCUGCAGCCAGCUCCUAGCUGGCAGGGCUGGAAGGCUGAACACAGCUGAUUCAGGAGUCUAAGUGAAAUGGGUGACAGGCUGCACCUGCCUGGGAAGGUUUUUCUGCAAACCAGGAUUGUGUUUCAACUCAGAGGGACCAUAUAGAGAGCCAGGUAGACAGAGCUGAGUGAGAGGCUGCUCCCCAGGACCUAAGCUGGGACUCCAAGUCUUCAGGCAAUGCUGGGUCCCAUGUGACAUCAGCAGUCCCUCACUACUGCCUGCUGGGAGUUCCAGGCUGGGUUCUGCAGUGAGACGGUGCCAGGCACAGACACUGCUGCCCUUGUUGGGAGAACAGAGACGGGCUCUCUUGCCCACCGCCUGUCCUCCGGUGCCAACCACGGGAUCUCUCGGCAGCUGCUCAUUAGGGUGUUCAGAGUCUGCCUGGUCACUGGUCCAAAAUGGACUCAAGCCCUGCGGGGACCCCCAGCACAGGGACCCUCAGUCCUCAGCCCCCAAGGGCCAAUGGAAACAUCAACCUAGGACCUUCAGCCAAUCCAAAUGCCCGGCCCACCGACUUUGACUUCCUCAGAGUCAUCGGCAAAGGGAACUAUGGGAAGGUCCUUCUGGCCAAGCGCAAGUCAGAUGGGAUGUUCUAUGCAGUGAAGGUGCUGCAGAAAAAGUCCAUCUUAAAGAAGAAGGAGCAGGGCCACAUCAUGGCGGAGCGUAACGUGCUCCUGAAGAAUGUACGGCACCCCUUCCUUGUGGGCCUGCGCUAUUCUUUCCAGACGCCCGAGAAACUCUACUUUGUGCUUGACUACGUCAACGGGGGUGAGCUUUUCUUCCACCUGCAGCGGGAGCGCAGGUUCCUGGAGCCCCGGGCCCGGUUCUAUGCAGCAGAGGUGGCCAGCGCCAUUGGCUACCUGCACUCCCUCAACAUCAUCUACAGGGACCUAAAACCAGAGAACAUUCUCCUGGACUCACAGGGCCAUGUGGUGCUGACAGAUUUCGGCCUCUGCAAGGAAGGUGUCGAGCCAGAAGAGACCACAUCUACGUUCUGUGGCACCCCUGAGUACUUAGCUCCUGAAGUGCUUCGCAAAGAGCCUUAUGAUCGGGCAGUGGACUGGUGGUGCUUGGGGGCAGUUCUCUAUGAGAUGCUGCACGGCUUGCCGCCCUUCUACAGCCAAGAUGUGGCUCAGAUGUAUGAGAACAUUCUACACCAGCCGCUGCAGAUCCCUGGGGGCCGGACGGUGGCCGCCUGUGACCUCCUACAAGGCCUUCUCCACAAAGACCAGAGGCAGAGGCUGGGUUCCAAAAAUGACUUUCUUGAGAUAAAGAACCAUAUGUUCUUCAGCCCCAUAAACUGGGACGACUUGUAUCACAAGAGGCUGACUCCACCUUUCAACCCAAAUGUGGCAGGUCCUGCUGACUUGAAGCACUUUGAUCCAGAAUUCACACAGGAAGCAGUAUCAAAGUCCAUUGGCUGCACUCCUGACACCAUGGCCAGCAGCUCAGGGGGAUCAAGUGCCUUUUUGGGCUUUUCCUAUGCACCUGAGAAUGAUACCAUCUUGGAUUGUUAGAAGAGACACCCCCUUGUGGAAUCACUAAAGGAAUCAUCUGCAGUUGCUAACAGCACUCUGUCCACUGUGGAAAAGAAUGGUGUUAGGUGUCCGGGGCUGGUCCCCAUGUCUUCAGACAUUCAGGGAUUUCCUGAAUGUCUCUGAAUAGCUCUGCUCUGCUACUCUUAGGAAAUGGCUAGCAAUAUUGGGGUUAUGGCAUUAUUCCAAGAAGGUUACUAGAGCUCCAACCACCACUUCUUUGCAGGGAGAAAGGAAGAGAGAGCAAAAGUCACCUUUACAGCACCUCCCCAGUGACUGCUGCCUGUGAUUGAGGCUGGGAUAUGUGGCUUAUUAGUUGGUUACAUCACAGCCCCUAAUAGCACAGGGGCUGGAUACUAAGGGAAUGUUGGGAAAGUCAAUUAGUACUCUUUACCCUGGACCUCUUGGUGUUUGGAUUUUGAUCUUGUGUAAAAGAACAGAGAUAAGACCAUAGAAAUCAAAUUGUCACUCAACACUCUUAUAUGUCUACCUUGCUGUUAUCUUUCUAUCUCCUUUCUUUCCUUUCCUUUCUUUUUUUUUUGGUGGUGACAGUCUUCAUUGUAGAUGAUAUCAAACACCUGUUAGUUUGUCCGCCUGGCAUCUAAACUCCUGCCAAUAUUCAGGGAAUCUUUUACUUUAAUGAGCCUUCAUGAGGACCAAUAACUACCUCCACUUGUAGUAGCUGAAGAUCCUGGAUUUUGACUUUCCAGCCUCCUCUGCAACUAGGGCCAGGCAUGUGGCCUAGAGAUGCAUCUGUGCCAGAUUCUGAAUCAAGAAAGUAAGGAAGAGCUCUUUUUCUUGUGAUAGUUGUGACUGUAGUACUCCAAAACAUCAAAUUCCUGGUGCAGAAGUGGCCACAAAGCCAACUGUAACAUUAGGGCAUCUGUGGCAACAGCAACUACUUCCUGUGAGUCCCAGGAAGAUGUAGUCUCCAUUUCUAGCUUUCUCAUUGACUUUGUAAACAUUUGAUCCUUGGACACACUCCUUUUCUUUUCCCCCUAGUUAACGGAAGUCAGUUUCAGAACACCUGCUUAUGCUGAACCAGUUUCUGUGUUAGACUCUUCCUAGUCUACUAUCAGUUUCCAUCCAAUCAUCUCUAAGGUAGAAACUAUUGUUAUCUCCCUUUCACCAAUCAAACAGGAUCAGAGAAGUUUUUCCUUUCUUGAAGUUCACAUUGCUAGUGAUGAGCAGAACUGGAACUUGGAGCCAUAUAAGUUUCCUCCAGGGCUCGCACAUGCACCAUUUAUGUUUCUGUUUCUCUUAUUCUGGCUAUUAGAUCCAACAAGAAUGAUUGUAAAAACUCUGAUGAGUGGGGAGUUGGGCAGUAGCAUAAUGGGUUAAGUGCACGUGGUGUAAAGUACAAGGACCAGCAUGAGGAUCCCAAUUCAAGCCCCUGGCUCCCCACCUGCAGGGGAGUCGCUUCACAGGCGUUGAAGCAGGUCUGUAGGUAUCUUGAUUUCUCUGCCCCCCCCCCCGUCUUGCCCUCCUCUCUCCAUUUCUCUCUGUCCUAUCUAACAACAACAAUAACUACAACAAUGAUGAAAAACAACAAGGGCAACAAAAGGGAAAAUAAAUAAAUAAAUAAAAUAUAAAAUAUAAAAAAAAAACUCUGAUGAGGCCAAGUGGUGGUGUGCACCUGAUAGAGCACACAUGUUAUAGUACACAAGGACCUGGGUUCAAGGCUCUGGUCCCCACCUGCAGGGGAGAGACUUCAUAAGCAGUGAAGCAAUGUUGCAGCUUUCUCUCUCCCCCUCUUUAUCUUCCUUUUCUCUCUCACUUUCUCUGUCCAAUAAAAAAAUUUAUUUUAAAUAUAAUUUAAAAAAUGCAAAAAAAAAAAAAACACACUCUAAUGAGGGAGCACCUAGUAGCAAGGACACACAUUAUCAUGCAUGAAGACCUGGGUUUGAGCCCUUGGCCUGCACAGGAACACUGCUUACAGAGAAAGCUUUGCAAAUGGUAGAGCAUGCUGUGCUGUCAUUUCUCUCUCUCUCUCCCCUUCCCUCCCUCCCUCCCUCCCUCUCAGAAUGGAAGGGAAAAAAGUGUCCAUUAGGAGCAUCAGAGGAAUUUCAAUGGUAAACAACAAAAAUCUGAGAGCUAAGUUAGAAAUUGGUUGGAAUAAGCAUGGUGAAAUGGGGUCUUGAAAAGAAAACAUUCAACUGCUCACUCAUGGCCUGAGUCUGACUGUCAAGUUCAAGUUGUAUCCCACCUCACAUGCUUUUGGAAAUUUGGCAAUUCUAGGACCAUGGGCUACAGCCCAGGUCUUGGACAGAGAGGGGCACAGUCUUGGUAGGAAGAGCCUCUGAUGCCAUUGAUGGAGCUCCAUGUGUUCAAGAUUAGUCAUUUCUAAAAGUAAUUCUGACUGGAUAGAGCAUAAGCAUCUAAACUCUCAUGAACCCCAGGAUACCUUGAACUUUCUGACUGGAUCAUGCUGCCUUAUUUUAGUGGAAAAUUGUUUUCUUUUUCACAAAUCUAUGGCUCAUCACUUACUUCAGAGUGGUUUUAUUAUCUUUUUGACUUGUGGACAGUGGAUAAACUGUUUUAAUAUUCAUGAGUCUUACUGAUUUUAUAGCCAUUUCCUCUUAACUCAAACCUGUUCUGCCCCUUCCAUUUUUGUUUACCCAGCAUGUCUCCCCUCACCCCAGGAAUUGUAGGACAUGAAGCUGGAAGGUGGAUAGUAUUAAUGGCAUUGACACUAUCCCACUAGAGAUAAAGGAAGAGUUACUGUUAUCCUUUCACAUGUGCCAAGAACACAGAAAUGCUCUGAUUAGAUUUCCAUCUUUACACUGGGACAUGUGAAAUAAAAUGGAGAGGCCAAAAUCUCUCCAACUUCCUAAGGCAAAAAGAUGUGAACUGUCGCAGGGGUAGAUAGCAUAAUGGUUAUGCUAACAGACUGUCAUGCCUGAGGCUUCCAAGCUAAAUCCCAGGUUCAAUCCCCUGCACCACUGUAAACCAGAGCUGAUGAUCAGUGCUCUGGUAAAAAAAAAAAAAAAAAAAGAAUUCUCAGAAAGAUGAUAGUACUGUCAAAAGUAUGCAAUACACUAUGGUUUAACUCCUAAUAGUCAUGACUGUAAAAAUCACAAAAUUUUCACCAGAAUAGAAAAUGACAAAUGAAGAGAAAAAAUAUUGUAUAACUGAGUUGCUCAUGUACACUUGUCUAAGCUUUAUCUGCAUUAUCUCCAAUCCUCACAAUAAGCAAGCAUUUAGAAAUUAUUAACCUCACUUUACAGAUAAGGGACAUACACUGAGGUAUACUAAGCAACUUGAACCAAGGUCACCCAGCAAAUUAGAGAUUGGAUUUUGCAAAUUCCAAUUUUGCACCAUAAUGCAGCAAGAGAAUUCGCAACCAUUUUUCCCAUUAGGGAAAAAAAAAAAACUUUGCAGAGGCAGUAACUGAAAAGGCGACCGGACUUGUAUGUUUAAAGACCCUAAUACACCUGCUUCUCUGUAUAUGUUAAAGAUCGCAACAAACAUAAAUGCAAAAUCAAAACUGG